AUGCACACAUUCCACUAUCCUCAUCUCCCUACCGAGCUCUCAACAGUCCAUGUAGCCCUCUUCAACAAUGUCACCAAUUCAUCUGAAAUCAGAUCCCGCAUCGUGCGUGCAAGUCAACUACAUGGACCGGACGGCGAGGCAGAACGAGAAGCCGUCAAUUUCGCAUUCAUAGAUGCUCGUCUUAUUUGCAGUGUCCUCCACCUGCAGACCGCCGUGUACCAAGCCAUCCUCGCCCAGGCUCAAGAUUCGUUACGAACGAAAACUGUCCAUUCAGAAAUCCUCUGGGCACUCAAUCCCACCAACAACAUCAGCGAAGCCAUCCGGCGAUAUGGUGUGGCAGACAGCACAACCUCCUUGAUUGUCGUCCGCAUCUCCUCCCCACAUUUGAGCAACGUCCAGGAGCUUAUGUCUCGUGUCGUCACCGGCACGCUAUCUCCGCUGGAGGAUCUCUCUAACAUCACUGAUUGGACAACCGUGAAGAAGUACCACAAACUCAAUACUGAGCCGGCACUAAAAGCCGUUGCAAAGGACUCUGCACAGGAACACAUCGUGGUGAACGAAAUUGUCACUAGUACGGUCGCUACGAAGAGCGUCUCCGCAUAAUCCAAACAUGCUGGAGCACUCCGGUUCUGUCUAUCAGGCGAAUGAAAGGAAGCAACUACUAGGAUUACUUGUAUUGGUAGAACUUGUUGUGGCUAGCGCAUUCAGCGACAGUCCGGGAUAACGUCCAGAGUUCGCCGGUCUGUCCUAUGGUUCGACGACCCUAUCUCCC